AGACAGGCCUGCGUUGGUGUCUUCAAUCAUUGACCACGAAAAAAACACCAAUUUUCGUGAUGUGAUUCACUCUUUCUUAUACAAUCUGCAUUUCCUAGGCAAGAUAAGAACUCAAAUUAUCGCUCUGUCGACGGAAAAUGCUUCAAGAAGCUUUCAAAAUUGAAAAAACAAAGGUUUGAACACCAAAAUUGUGUUGGAAUAUGGGAGCAUUUCAAUCAAAACACACACCAAUUCGACGUGUUUUUUCCCAGUUUGGAUAAAACCAGACAUCUAUGGCCAUACCAGUGUUUUCAUAUCCUGGUGAACUGUUGCACCAGGCAGCCAUCUUUGAUCAGAGAGACUUCCUCAAAUCUUUACUUCAGUCUGGUGUUCAGGGCGACGCUAACUCCAAGGAUCCCAGAGGACUCACGCCAGUACACACCGCUGCUCUGCAUGAUAGCGCUCAGUGUCUGGAGGAGUUAUUAGGACCAUGGAAAGGGGAUCCCAAUGCAGUCUCUGGUCCACAAGACAACUGCUCAACACCUUUACAUCUUGCUGCAAGAAAUGGCCACCUGAAGUGUUUGAAACUCUUAGUUGACAGCAAAGGUGAUGUUUCAAAGAAGAACAAGACUGGCAAGACAGCAAGAGAGGUUGCCAUAAGUGAAAACCACUAUGAAUGCGCAGACUACUUAAAGAAUGUAGAAGAAAUACAAAAAGCUGUCAGGGAAGAAGAGUGUUGCCAAGAACUUUUUCUUGCCUGUACUAUUGGGGAUUUUGAGAAAGUUUCUACAUUAAUACCUGAAAUUAGUCAGAUCAACGUCAACCGACUGUUCCAUGGAGGCAGUACAUUACUUUACAAGGCUGCACAUAAUGGACAUUUAGAAAUUGUACAACUUCUCCUAAACCAUGGUGCCGAUGGAUCUGCUAACACCUACACAGGAAUAACACCAUUAUAUGCGUCAUGUUUCAAUAAACAUGUUAAAGUUACAAAGCUUCUAGCCCAUGCCAUGCCACAUCAUGUAAACACACCUACCAAGAUGGAACACUCAACACCUUUGCAUGUAGCGGCAGGGGAAGGUAGUGUUGACAUCGUCAAAAUACUCAUGCAGGCGCCAGAGGAGGGGACUAGUCCUAUGCUGUGUAAUGGCAUCGACAUCAAUGCUCGUACCUCAAGUGGUAUGACACCCCUUCAUCUUGCUGCAUCAGGCGGCCAUGCUGAGGUGGCCAAGUUGCUGCUCGAGGGGAAACAUUGCUGCAUUCCUCCAUGCUCUGCAAACGUCGGAAUCGAAAUCAACGCUCAAAGCAUCAUGGGACGUACUCCACUCCACGACUCCAUUACCGUGGGACAGAGAGACAUCGUGAAGAUCCUGCUAGAGGCAGGGGCUGAUGUCAACCUAUCUUAUAAUCCUGAUCAAAUAUCGUACACUCAAGAACCUAAGAAUGAGAUAUCACGCGUUGUGCAAAAACUGGCUGAAGAUGUGCGCGAUGAGGAAAAGACACCGCUUGGUAUCGCGUGUGCUCAGGGUGACCUUGAGGUGGUUAGAAUCCUAGUCGAAGCAGGCGCAGUAGAUAUUGGGAACACAUGCGUGGAGAAAGCUUCAAAGGCACUUCAUCACUCUCUGGUACACAUCCUACUUAGUAAAGGUGUCAAUGUUGAUAAUGAGCACAAACUACCCCACCCCUCCCGUGGUAGUCACGCCGAAGAAGUCUGGAGACUAAAUUCGAAUCCUAUCUGCAUCGUGUGGAAUGGAAUGAAACUCAACCAAAUACACCCACAAUGGAUCGUUGACGCUGCUAAGCAAAUCAACCCGCAAGUGGCUUCGGGAAACGUGGGGUUGCACCCAGUAUUAAAAACAAUUACAAGACUCGAUAUCUCAGGCAACGCCCUUAAUAAACUACCUCUAAUAAUCUUUCAAUUACCGUCUUUAAAAGUGUUAAAUAUUUCUGAAAAUUCACUGAAUUCUCUACCGACGCUCCACAAUGGUAGAGUUCGGACGCAGCUCGGGAAUACUUCGGGAAAUCCUAUUAAGUUCCAUUCUUGUGAUAAUAUAACGGAUCGUGUGACUGAAGAAAUAGAAGAUAGUGACUUUAAUUACGCUGAGUCCAGUUGGAAUUGCCCUCAUUUAGAAGAGAUUGAGAUGCACCACAACUCUCUUCCUUCUCUACCGACCUGUAUAUUUGAAUUACCAACUUUACGGUUCUUGAAUGCGUCGUAUAAUGAUAUAGACAGUUUGCCCUUCGCCAURUGGUUCUCGCCGAUGCUCAAGACUUUGGAUCUAAAGGGAAAUUAUUUAAAGACAUUGCCUUUGAGUGACGAAACAAAGAAAAAGGCACAGAAAGCAGGACUAAAGACCUCAACUUUACCAAGACCUCGGCAUGUGUCGAAGAGUAGAGACGAUUUAAGUAAACAGUUAAUCCCUGAGCAAGAAGGUGGACCCAGUGAAGAGAAACCAUCAGAGACGAAAAAAAUAAGCGCAGACGGAUCGAAACCUAAGGACGAUCAUGUACCACAACCAGCCAAACCACAACACCUAAAGAUCUUCUGCCAUAGUAAACUAUGGGGUAAGAAUGGAGUAGAAGAGCUUGAGGACUCCGACGAAGACGAAGACGAGAUUGAACAAACACGAGGACAUGCGUUACUUAAACUUGAUUUAUCACACAACCAAUUCAAAAUAAUCCCCUUGGGCCUGCCUUGCCUGGCAACGAAUCUACAGACUUUGAAUUUAUCUAAUAAUUAUAUAUUUGAGGUCAAAACAUUGGCUUAUUUUCCAACGUCUUUGGCGUCAUUAGACUUGUCGAACAAUCGUCUGGAAGAAAUGUCUCCUCUCUCUACGGAGUUGCCAGUUAAACGGUGUUACGCAGUAGUCGAGAGGCAGAGGGGUGGGCUAGGAAUGAGUACAAGACCGAGGAGCGCAAGUAAAAGUUCACUUAAAGGCCGCGCUUGUCGGCAUCAAAGACACCGCACUCUACCAAAUCUGAAGCGUCUGGAUGUUAACAAUAAUAGCAUUAAAGAAAUGACAUUUUCAAAGAUGGAAGCUAAUGUAACGUCCAACACUCCUACCAGGAGCCAGACUGGGUCUAAGUAUGCAGCGUGGUUUGCUAGUACAGCUAAUGCUAGUACAGUUAUCUAUCCCAGUCUACAGUCGUUGAAUCUAAGCGGGAAUCCCUUGGUAACGUUGCCCAAGACUAUAGGCCUUUUGAGCAAGUUGGGAUCCCUGCAUAUUUCGAAUACCGAGGUUUCAAAGCUGCCACCGGAGAUUGGGCUCUUGUCUGAUUUAUGGGAUCUACAGUACCUGGGUCUAACACUACAGGAUAUUGAAGCUAGUGUAUUGGAACGAAAGAAGACUAAAGAUCUUGUUAGUUAUCUGAGAUCGGUGCUGGAAAGGUCCAGACCGUACCCCUGCAUGAAGCUAAUGUUCGUAGGAGUAUCGAAUAUUGGCAAGACGACCCUACUGAACCAACUAAGACAGGAAGGAACGGGAAGUUAUCAAAGUUCUCCUUCAACGGGAUGGACGGAAAGAAAGAAGAGAAAACGAGGCAGCUCGUUGGGUCGUUCCAAGAAACAAGAAAAGAAUAUUUCCACAGUUGGUGUCGACGUAUCAGACUGGACGUAUCCUAAAAAGAACGAAUUUUUUCGAGGAGAUCAACGUCAAAGCAUCAAGUUUAGUACCUGGGACUUUGGAGGCCAGCGAGAAUACUACGCGACUCAUCAGUGCUUCCUCUCUCAUCGAUCUCUUUAUAUUGUCAUGUGGAAGUUGACUGAGGGAGAAAAAGGUGUGAACGAGAUAGAGCCUUGGUUACUGAACAUACAGGCUAGAGCACCUGAUUCUCCUUGUAUCAUCGUCGGCACCCAUCACGACAUGCUGACACCAGAAGAAAGACGUUCAAAUCUCUUACCAACCUUACAACAGAUGAUCCGUGAUCGUUACAUCGCAAGGGAGUUUGGCGGAGGCGUUCAAAACCCCAGGGAUCGAGGCCUACCCAAGGUUAUGAAUACAAUAGAAGUGAGCUCAAAAACUGGAUACCAUGUGAGGGAACUACGGCAUAUGAUCUAUAACAAGGCGCUGGAAAUCAAAGAGAGAGGUAGUCGCACUCCAUUACUAGAGACUCCGAUACCUGCUAGUUACAUAUAUGUCGAAGAGGUUGUGGGGAAGAUAAGAGAUUGCUGUUACCAAGACGACCAGACGCCUGUCAUGAGAUCAGAGAACUUCCGUAACGCUGUCCAGAAGGAAUUAGGCAAACAAGGCAGACACCUGCGUGACUUAGAAGAACUAGAGCAAGCCACCAAGUUCUUGCAUGACAAUGGUGUGCUUUUACAUUACGACGAUCCAUUGUUGCGUGACUUGUACUUCUUGGAUCCACAGUGGUUGUGUGACAUGUUGGCUCAUGUAGUCACGAUAAGGGAGGUCAAUCCUCAUAUCAACAAUGGCGUCAUGAAGUUGUCAGAUCUUUCUCACAUCUUCCGAAGCGAGAACUUCCCCGCCAAUUUAAUAAAACAGUACAUCAAUCUCUUGAGCAAAUUCGAAGUCGCCCUGCCAUGGAGCGCUGAGUACCUUUUAGUCCCAUCCCUACUCCCCGACAGGCAGCAAAUAAGUAACCAACCAAUAUCACCCGAGGUUAGCCCGAUAGUGUCACGUGCUAUGAACAUGGCUGCGUACACCAAGACACGUGUAUUGAGACGACAGUACGUCAUGUCUUAUGUUCCUAGUGGAUUUUGGCCAAGACUGAUUACCAGGAUAAUAGCUGAUGAAGAGGUGCGUGACGUAGUGCGGAGCUGUUGUCAGCUGGUUAUGGAAGGAGAAGCAGUCGAAACUGAUAAAGAGAAGCUUGCAUCGGUGGCCCAGCCAGAUUGGUCGUGCUGGAAAACUGGUGUCGAGUUGUCUUGCUUUGGUGUAAAGAUGUUGAGGAUCUGUGACUUGGAGGGAUAUCCUUUCUAUGGUGCACCAGAGGGAGCAUUUUACCCUCUUCACUACCGUAACGAGCCGCACGACCCAACCUCCUACUCUACCAUCGCCAUCAUUGCUCCUUGUGUCAACAUUCUGAUGGAGAAAUUCGUGCAGAAGAAAAGAAUAUCCAGAAGAAGAAGUGGCAAGCACCCGAUGAACAGACGUGGUGAUGAUGAUGACGACAACCCUCCUGAAUCUCGCCAAGUGAUUGGUUUUCGCGUCAAGUCUGUGACAGACUUCGGUGUUCAGCUCGCUGCUCGUCUUCUCGCCAUAGUAGUCGAACACUUCGAUACUCUCAUAACUGACUGGUUCCCAGGCCUCGAUGCUCUAACCGUCCAUGGAUAUCGCCUGGUCUCUAGGAUUACACCCUGCCCGAAAUGCAUUAAAGAGGUAUCGGGUGUUGAGGAUGAUCCGGAGGGUGACUGCCCGGGGGGUGUACCGUAUACCCAACAGAAUGACAGUGGAGCUCACUUGACUACUGAUGGUAGUAGUGCUAGUGCCUCCCCCUGGCCUAGUCCUGUACAUGCUGCUAUUAAAAGAGAUCCUAGGAUCGGCGCUACAUCACCAGACAAAAGAUCCAGUCUUCAGAGCCAAGGGAGUACCACCGGGGAAUUAACCCCCGACCCAUUCGGCGAGACACCCCUUUCCCCGCCCUUCAUUCAAGUCCCCGAUGGAUCACCACCGGACAGAUUCACCUUCAAGUCUGUAAGUAGUGGACUGGGCACUAAUGACAGUUCGAGCUAUUUUGAGGAUACCAGUGACCAAACUUCCGGGAGUGCCGAUGAACCCGAUACUGACUGCAGCGGUGAACCGAAUACUCAAAAAGGGCGAAAAGGAAAAAACAAGAGACCGAUGAUCGGCAGUAGCGGUAGUGAUAGGUCACGUGGUAGCGAGGAGUUCAACAGUCAUGACAGUAAAGCCAGCCACAGCAGCAGUGAUCAUCAGUUUGGGUCACAGACAGACUCGCAGAGAAGCAGAGGUAGUACCGAAAGCACCAGUAGUUUUAACCGUAGUGGUCGAUAUGGUUCAUUCAGGCGACGCCCGACCGAGUCUGACACCGUUAUCUAUGCCUUCGAGUUCGAGGAGUGUGUCCUGAGUGCGUACAAUGCUGAACCUAUCAAAUGUCCUGACCAUGGUUUAAUGAAUCUACGAGAGAUUGCUCCCGACGUGAUGUUCGAAGACAUCGCCCCAAAUCUGGCUAUCCAUUCUGGUAACCUCACUCGUGGUCGGUUCCUUGGUAAAGGUACAUUCGGUUCAGUCUUCCGCGGAGAGCUCAAAGGCGCGGCCGGUGAUUCUUUGGCUAUUGCCAUGAAGAUGCCGUUGAACAAUGAUGUUGGUGAAGACGCCAAACCAGAAGAACGACAGGCAGCUGAAGCAGCGAAAAGAGCGCUAAGGGACAACCCUACCAUGGCUCUCAAUGACGCUUACAGGACUGUGCGUCAAGAGAUUUCCAUCUUGCUUCCACUGCGACACCCGAACAUCGUGUCUCUAACUGGUUUUUGCCUCAGCCCCUUGUGCAUGGUCAUCGAGUUCGCGCCUCUCGGGGCACUGGAUCGGGUUUUAGCCAAUUACAAAAGAGCAGGCGCUCGACUGAACCCUUACGUCAUUCAAAAAUGCAUCGUUCAGUGCUCCUCGGCCUUAAAGUAUCUCCACAAGCAUCACAUCAUUUACCGAGAUCUCAAGUCAGAGAACAUUCUAGUCUGGACUUUCCCCCAGCCCCACGCAGACCAGGGAACGCACGAGGUUUUCAUCAAGCUGGCUGACUACGGUAUUAGCCGUACAGCGGCUUUAGCUGGAAUGAAGGGGCUUGGGGGCACCCCAGGGUUUAUGGCCCCGGAAAUUGAAAAGUACGUUGGGAAGGAGUGCUAUACAGACAAGGUUGAUACGUUCUCUUUUGGUAUGUACAUCUACGAGCUACUUACUCUUCAUCAACCCUUCUGUGACUUCAGUCCGGCCCAGGUCAAACAGAUGAUCGUAGAAGGACAACGACCACCUCUGACACCAAAGGACCGCAAGGGACCUGUAUUCGCUAUGGACCUCAUGGCGUGGUGCUGGGAACAAGACUCCGAUAAACGCCCCACCUCGGCCCAGGUCUACGCAUUUGCUUCUUUACCAGAAUUCGCGCGCCUGACAGACGUGCUUACAUUCGACAAGCAGCUGAACAUCAGCUGUGCUGUCACCGCGGGCUCACGGGUUACAUCAGGGUGUGGCGCGGAUGGCAGACCAAGUGUUGGCAAUGAAGUCUGGCUGUGUAGGAGCGAACUGAAUGCUGGGACAGGAACGGGAAAGAUUAAUGUUGUUAAAUACAGUGGUGGACGAUUUAGCCAUAAAGAGGAACUGACAGUUGGUAAGUCAUGUAUUCGCGUGGCCUGUAGUGUUGGUAGUACAGUAUGGCUGGGUACAGAAUCGGGAACCCUACACGUGUACUGUGGUAUAACAUACCGCGAGCUCUGCAAGGGUGUGAUCAAACGUGCCAAGUACAUCCUAAGCAUGGCGCACAUUCCUCGCUGCAACUGGGUGUUAGUAUCUCUCGCAGAUGGUUCAAUACUCGCGUACGAUGACAACAUAUGUAAUCAUUACUACUACGGUGAUUCACCAUCCCACAGCCCGAAGCAAGAACUAUUGCCAAGCCGGGGGUACCCGGGGAAUGGAAACCCCAUUCAUUGUAUUGCAUCGGUACCGGUUAUGUACCCUCGGAUAACCGACCCUACGAGUGCGGAGGACACAACUCGUGUAAGUCCUGAGCCGACAGAAGACUAUAUAUGCGAGGUAUGGUGCGGGCAGGAGAAAGGGGAGAUCACUGUACUCGACGGUGAAGAACUCCAAAAGAUCUCUACAAUGCCAGCGGAAGAUUCAGAUUCUGAAGUAACGAUACUAAAGGAGCAGAGUGUCUCGCAUCUCGUGACGUGUAGAACCUUUAAAUCUGCGAUAAAUAACGACGAUCCACUCGCUAAGUCUGUAUGGGUUGCGCUCUAUCCUGGGACUCGUGUCUUCAGAUGGGAUGCGCAAGAGAAGAGGACGGUUAGAAGUGUUGACUGCGCGUCAUAUAAACCUAAAUUUGAAGUUCCAAAGUCAGGAAAAGGUAGCUUGCAACGAACAGGUUGUAUUCGUCAAGGACAGCUCAGCGCUGUUCGUGCCCAGGUCAACUCGUUACUAGCCGUCGAUAAAGAGCUGUACAUUGGCACUAACUGGGGCUGCAUCUUGGUUUGUGACAACCUCUCACUCACAGUCUACUCCGUCAUUCGUUGCCACGAGGAAACACUAAGCUAUCUAUUACCGCUGGUCAGCAGUCCGGUGGGCGUGCAUUCAAAUACCCACAAUGCACUUGUCAUGAGCUUCGGAGGAGGCUAUCGCAACAUCGGGGCUGGUCUCCAUGGAAACAACCCGUAUCCUAGUCGCCGCAGUGGGAAACCGCUGGGAAGGCGCGAAUCGGUGAUACUAGUUUGGCUGGCUGACUCUUGGGAUACCAGUUGACCAAUCAGAUCUUACUAUACUUGGCCAGGUAAAGAUGACUCGACAUAGGCCUCUCAGGCGAGCGUUGAUUUUAGCCAAGAGAAUCUUACAUCUAAAGACAAUUAUUGAAAUAUCUCUCAAAUUUGCCUGCCAGCCAACCUAUUUCUUUGGACGUCAAAGAAACCCAUUGACCACACCCUAUGGCAGAUGGAAGGACUUCAAGUCCUUAUUGUCUCAUCUUAUGUCUCUCAAAAGUCUCAUAGACACUAUUAGUAAUUUGCUCAUCCUGUAUAGUCAGUCUAGAUAGGGCUGUACGAUGCCAGAAUAAGCUGUCUGUGCUCAUAAGUACAGAAUAUAUAAGCCCUAGUGAAAAUUCAGGCGAAGAGACGCAUUAGCUCAGAGUAAUUUUUAUUUUUUUACUUAUUAUUAUUUUAUUAUUAUUAUUAAUUUUUUGUGUUAGAUUUUAGAUUGAAAGUACUAGGAAAUGGGUGAUUGAAAAACUGAAUCUCAUUCAGUAGCCGCGUUAAAUGUUGCUAUUUCGAAUAACUAUAAAUAAUAAUUUACCUUACCAGUUAGUAAUAGGAUAGCACAUUUUAGAAACUACAUCAUGGAUACUGGAUACAUGGAUACAUCACUAAUCAUGGGCUGCUUCUUAUUUAUCAUUAGUAUUUCCUUCCAUGAUCAAGACUUAAAUUUGGGUAAAAAUCUAUGAACCAUUGAAUAAACAUUAACAAUUGUCUUAAAUUAAACAAAAUAUUAAUGGGAAGUCUCUUCCAUCCAAUUGUUCUCAUUUGAAAAGGGAAGACAAAAUCAAAGACAUAUUUCUUUAUUAUUUUCUCAAGAAACCAAAAAGAAUUAAUUCCACAAUUCAGUAGAUUAAAAAUGUCAAACUAAGUUAAGAAAAAUAGAAGUUUCCCAUUUCAGUUCAAUUAGAAUAGAAAAAAAAAAGAGUUCGGGAUUGUGGAUGAAUGAGUAAAAUGACGUGUUAUGGGCAUGCAUGAUUUAGUAGUGAUUGCUAUGCUCUUAUUUAUUCACGUUGUGGUUGAUGGGAAGGAUCAGGGAGGGAUUUAGUGCCUUGGCGCGCGUUAAUUAAAAGUGAAAACGUAAGUGACGACUGGGAACGAGUCUGAAUUCAAGAACCAUUUCAAAUCCUUUUAACUUAUCAGAAAUAAUCAUGAAAAUUUGGGUAUAUAUUGAUCGACUAGGUGAAGUAUAAACGAUUCGUUUUCAUUAGCAAUACUUCUAGAAUUUUCUUGCGUUUUAAUGGUUUUCAGUUCAAUAUAUCUUGAAAUUACUUUUUUUCCCUGAGGUCACUUGCGUCUUUGUAGCGCUAACAACUAGCGAAAUUUUAUAGUUUUUUUGCAGCAAGCAUUUUCAGGUUUAGUCAUUGCGGGUAGAUAUAUGGGUCUUGGAUUAUUGAAUUAUAUCCGUGAACUAGUAAAAUGUUAAAUUUUUCUUUUA